GAACAGUGUGAACGCAACCAUCAGAUGACUGGAAAGAAAAUGACAAAUAAUGAAAUAAUGCCUUUUUUUUUUAUUAAAAUGAUGCAAGAUACUAAUUUAUUUAUCAAGGAAGAAAACAUGCAAAUGAAAUAAUUGAAGAAAUUGGAAAAAUGGACUUUUUAAAAAUUGAAACGGAAAUAUCUGAAAGAAAUGUUUAUAAAAUAGAACAUAUACCAAUUAAAGAAGAAAUGUUGAAAGAACCUGCUGAAAUUAAACAGGAAGAAAUUUAUUUCCUUAGCACAUUCAAAAAUUAUGAAAAUAUUAAAAUUGAGCAACAAUUAAAUACAGAACUUAUAAUUAAGAACGAAAUUUUGAAUGAAAAUCUUCAACAGAUUGAUAUCGAAGACAAACAUUUUUCAUGUAAAAUUUGUGGUGAAACUUUUACUCUAAAACAAAGUUUAAUUAAGCAUGAGCUCAUGCAUAUCGGAAAAAAACCAUUUUCAUGUGAAAUUUGUGAUAAAAAAUUUACUGCGAAACAUAAUUUAAUUAAACAUAGCCGAAUUCAUACUGGGGAAAAACCUUUUUCAUGUGAAACUUGUGGCAAAAAAGUUAGUGAUAAAAGUAGUUUAGUUACACAUAAACGAACGCAUACUGGAGAAAAACCAUUUACAUGUGAAAUUUGUGAUAAAAAAUUUGGUACUCCUAGUAAUUUAGUGGUUCACAAACGUAUUCAUACUGGAGAAAAACUGCUCUCAUGUGAAUUUUGUAAUAAGACAUUUAUUCAACAACAGAGUUUAAUCAGACAUACAAGAAUCCAUACUGGAGAAAAACCUUAUUCUUGUGAAGUUUGUGAUAAAAAAUUUCAUUCAUCAUGUAAUUUAACUCGCCAUAAACAAAUUCAUACCGGAGAAAAACCUUAUUCAUGUGAAAUAUGUAAUAAAAAAUUUAGUUUAAAACAUCAUUUAAUUGGACAUAAACGAAAUCAUUUUCAAGAAAAACAUUUGAAUUUGAAGUCUGAAACAGUUACAUUGGAACAUGCAACUAUAUUGAACAUGAAUGAAAAUAUUAAACUUGGACAACAAUUAAAUACAGAGAUUAUUGAAGAAUGUGAAACAAUGGAGUUUGUAAAAAUUAAAGAAGAAAUACCUGAAGAAACUUUUGAACAUAUACUGUUUAAAGAAGAAAUCCAAGAAGAAACCACCGAAACUAUUACAAUGAAACAUGAAGAGAUAAGUGAAGAGUUUAUUGAUAAAAUGGAAGAUGUAAAAACUAUCUUGAAACGUUUUACAUGUGACCAAAGCACUUUAACAACACAUAAACGGACUCAUUCUGGAGAGAAACCAUUUUCUUGUGAAGUUUGUGAUAAAACUUUUAUUACGCAAAGCAAUUUAAAUACGCAUAAACGAUAUCAUAUCGGUGAAAAACCAUUUUCAUGUGAAAAUUGUGUAAAAGCAUUUACACAUAAACAUGAGUUAAUUGUACGUAAACGAACUCAUACUGGAGAAAGACCAUUUUCUUGUGAAAUUUGUAAGAAAUCAUUUAUUCAGCAAAGCAGUUAA